AUGCAUCAUAACGCAACUUGCUUCGAGAAGCACAAGCAACGGAUUCCACUCACCUGUCUGCAAAACGUCAAGACCAUGAAAAUUGCUGCUCUCGCUGUUGUCGCCGCAAUUACUGUCGCGAACGUUGCUGCCGCUGAUCAGCCUGCUCUGCGUUCGGCUGCUACUCCCGCCGAGGCAAAUCCUGCUGCGGGCAAGACUGCUGACGGAAAUAAGAAGGAAUUCUGGGGUGGCUUUGGCGGUGGCUGCUGUGGAGGCUGGGGUGGAGGCUGGGGCGGAGGCUGGGGCGGAGGCUGGGGUGGCUGGGGAUGGUAA